AUGAACAACGUUAAAUUGAUCACUCUCAUUCAGUUGGACGCCCAUCUGUUCAAAACUAAAGCAGACAUGAUAGUCAGGAGGAUGAGUAAUGCCAUUCUUGGCUUAGAAAUCAGUAUCACUGUGUGGAAAAUAACUGAAUUAGAGAAGAAGUGUAAGUUCUUAGUAUCUGACCUGCAGGGCUUUCUCCCCAAUGGUUUGAUGGAGGAUAUAAAGUUCAAACUAGCAGAAUUCCACGAAACUAAUUUUAAAAUCGUCAAGACUAGAAAUAAGAAGAAGCUCGAAUCACUCAAAAUUGAUUCAGCUCCAGUGAAUAUAUCUACUCAUCAAGACACAACCAUCUUCAACAUCACAACAGUGCCUCUCCCAGAAGAGGUUAAACGUGUUCUGUACUUUGAGCCGAAGUUUGGCCUUGAAGUUAACAAUUCUCACGUAUGUAUUCCGAGGGUAGUUAAGGACGUGGAAUUAUGCAUUCAGAGUCUAACUGUACGGGGUGUUUCAGAGGGGGAGCAGAUGGAGGAAAAGAAUAGAAUCAGGUCAGAAAUGAUUAAUAUUCUCACGAACUUUUAUAACAGACCGACGUCGAAAAGACGAGAUCAACAGAGAGAAGAUGUGGCGGCCACGAGAAGGUUCUUGAUAGAGAAACAAGAUCUAGUACUGGCUAGAUCUGACAAAGGUAAUGCCACGGUGUUGAUGCGUAGGGAGGAGUGUGUGAAAGUAAUGAAGAGGAUGCUAUCGGACACAACAACAUACCAACGGAUUGACAAAGAUCGAACGGUGAAGUUCGAGAAACAAACGAACGGGUUGGUGGACGCACUCCACCGUGAUGAAGUGGUUGAUGCGGACAGAGCGAAGAGCUUGAAGGCGUUCAACAUCGUAAUGCCCAGAAUGUACGGUUUGAGGAAAGUGCAUAAGCCUGGUUGUAGCUUGAGGCCGGUUGUUAGUUGCAUUAAAGCUCCAAGUUACAAAGUUGCUAGGUUCUUGCAUGAACUUCUUUCUCGUGUCACCAAGAGAUCUGUUUUUACCAUCAAGAAUUCCAUGGAAUUUGUGGAGUUCAUCAAGGGGGUCAGGCUCCCUCCAGAGUAUGUGAUGAUUUCCCUGGACGUAGUCUCAUUAUUCACCAACAUCCCGAAGAGACUAGUGUUACAUAUAGUGGACGAGAGCUGGGAUGACUGGACUCCUUUCGUCCGUACCUCGAAGAAAUUGGUGAUUAAGCUGAUUACCAUUUGCUUCGAGGCAAGUUAUUUCACCUUCGAUAAUGAGGUUUACAUGCAGAUCGAUGGCAGCAGCAUGGGGAUUCCUGCGAGCCCUGUGCUAGCAGGCAUCGUGAUGGAAUACGUCAUUGGAAAGGUUUUGGAGGAACUGCUAUACAAUAUCCCUUGGCUAAAACUGUAUGUAGAUGAUACAGUACUCCCACUUCCCGAAGAUUCAAUAGACCAGGUGCUUCAAUCUAUUAAUUCGGUGUAUGAGCGCAUCCAAUUUACGGUUGAGAGAGAGGUGGAUAGGUCCCUCAGCUUUCUCGACGUGAAGAUCCACCGCAUGGAGGAUGGAAGCCUUAAGCUUAACUGGUAUCAGAAGCCAAGAAGUUCAGGAAGAGUUCUGAACUUCCAGUCAAACCAUCUGACAGCACACAAGAUUGGAGUGGUCUCCGGGAUGUUACACCGUGCGAUCAGGUUGAGUCAUGAGGAUUUUCAUGAUUCGAAUAUAAGCCGGGUGAAGGAUAUUCUCAUGAGGAAUGGGUAUCCCAACAAGUUCAUCAUGAGGUGUGUCCAUAAGUUCUGA